GCGGCGCCGGAACGCUCUCCUGGCUGUUCAACUACCCGCAGGACAUCAUCAAGUCGCGGUUUCAAGCCAACGACGCCUACAAAACGUACUGGGACUGUAUCCGCACGACCUACGCCGAACGUGGCCUGCGGACCUUCUUCGUCGGCCUCAAUUCCGCCCUGAUACGGUGGGUUACUGUAGAGAAGAAGAAGGUUGUAGAUAGAGGAAGAAAGGGUGAAUGAAUGGCCAACAAAGUUCUUCGAACAGAAGCUUAGAAAUGACAAUUUUUACGUGAAUUUUCAGUUUGAGGGCUUUUUGAAUACAGUAAGCUACAGUAGCCCAAGUAUUGUUGGCAUGGUAGCAACUUCUGUUUUUUUAAGAGAAUACGAGAAAAAUCAAGAAGGAUUAACGUUUUUUCUAACCUCCUCACGUCACGGAUUCAUUUUUACGAAAAAUCAUCAAUCUUCCGAAAUUCAUAAAAAAAAACUGGCAGUGAUUUGAGAUAAGGUUUAGAUCCUAUUUUAAUUCAAAAAUAACAAAAAUUGAAAGUUUCCUUUUUUUCAGAGCUUUCCCUUCAAACGCUGCCACAUUCUUCACGGUUGAGUGGACCUACCGGUUACUCCUCGAUUUCAACAUCCUCGGCGUGCAUACUGUAGCCGUCGCCCCGGUUACUGUCCCGGUUACGGUAGGUACUGUGACCGUCGCCACGACUCCGGCCGCCGCUGUCAUCAUUCCUGCGAAGAAAAAGGAGAAGGAAAAGGUAGAGUUUUGAACAUCAACAAAGGGUAAAAAAAAGUAUAAUAUUAUGAUUUUUUUAUAAUUUUAUGAGCUUUAUCAGUAGAGCGCACAUUUUUAUUACCAGAAAGCUGAAAAAAAUGAUAUGUUCUUAAUUUUUUCCAUGAAACAGCCUUGUGCCCGGUUUUUUGGUAAGGGAAAAAAAUUGACUUUUUCAAAUCUUCGUGAAGUUCUCAGAGUUUUUUUUUUGUUCUAUUGAACUUAUCUUUUGCAGUAUGUUUUGGAGGAAAACAUGCAGUUUUUUGAUGAAUUUGAUAAAAACAUAAGGAUUUUUUCAGCGAACCAUCGGCUCGGUGGAUCUGUGGAGCAGCAGCUGCUUGUUCAUGCUCCCAGAAGCCGGCUCGACUUCCAUCGAUCCGAUGAUCCACGGCUGCCGCUUCAUCUGA